AUGAGCGGACCCGGAGCAGGCCAUAAGUUCCCGAGCCAGGAUGUGAGCUGGACGAAGAGAGAUGUCCUGCUCUUCGCAAAUAGUAUUGGAGCGACAGCGGACGAACUUCAUUUCCUCUACGAGCUACAUCCAAACUUCACCGUGUUCCCAACAUACCCUAUUAUCCUCCCUUUCAAACUCACAAACCAAGAGGUAACCGACUUCUACGCCCAAAAAACCGGCAAUGUCAUCCCCGGCGUGCCCACCUUCGACACCCGCCGCGUCGUCGACGGACAGCGCAAAAUGACUUUCCUCAAGCCCCUACCUGUCUCCAGCGAGGGGCGCAAGUUUGAACUGCGAAGCUCGGUUGUUGGUGUCUAUGAUAAGGGCAAGGCGGGCUCUGUUGUCGAGACGGAGCAGCAAAUUGUCGAUAAAGAGACCGGGGAGAUCUAUACCAAGGCUGUUGGGAGUGGGUUUUUCGUUGGACAGGGGAAUUGGGGUGGGCCAAAAGGUCCGUCUACGGUGAACUAUCCCCCUCCACAGGGAAAGAAGCCAGAUGUCGUCUAUGAAUAUCAGACAGAUGACAAUACAGCGUUGCUCUACCGACUGAAUGGAGACUAUAACCCUUUGCACGCCACACCGGAGCCGGGACAGAAAAUGGGUUUCGGCGGUGUCAUUAUCCACGGCCUUUUCAGCUGGAACAUGGCAGCGCACGCUAUCCUGAAGACAUUGGGCGGUAGCGACCCGAAGAAUCUCAAAGAGUUCCAGGCCCGAUUUGCGUCCCCAGUGAUCCCCGGUGUUAAGCUGAUCACUGAGAUUUGGAGGACCGGGAAGCUUGAAGGUGGAUUUGAAGAAGUUGUGUUUGUGGUCAAGAAUGAUAAGGGCAAGGUUGUAUUGAGCAAUGGCCGGGCGCUGGUCAAUGUUGUUGGUGGGAAGAGUAAGCUAUGA